AUGUUGAAGUUCGUGAAUGGAUGGCUUGGAGGCAAUCUGGCUUGCAUCACUCGUUCUUCUGUUCAGUUUUAUGGUGCCUCAUCUUGCGGCAGAGGUUCACAUAGAGGUAGUAGCUUCUUUCAGCGUCGUGGACCAGUUCAUGCUUCUACGUUAACACUUAAGAGUGGGCAGUCAGCCCGAGGUAGGUAUCCAGUGCCUCCAGCAAGGAGUCAAAGCAGAGCUCUGACCGAUAAUGGUGGCAGGACUUCUGGUAGGGCAAAUGUUAAUGUUGUCGAUAGCUGUCAGGCUUUUGCUCCUGGCGGUCCCAUCGCUAAGUUGGAAUCUUUCCAAUGUCAAGUUUGCCAUUGCCAUCAGAAUGUCCAUCGUAGAUUGGAUGUCAGCAAUCAUCAGCUUCUACCCACACCAACACAACAACAGACUAUCACCCAAAGGGAUGUGGAGACGGAAAAAUCUUCAAAAACCAAAAAAGUUAAUCGUCUUGGUCGUAUCAAUGCACAAAUAUUUGAAUCUCCAGGAGUUUCAAUUGCACUGGCAAAAUCCAUCAUGGCUAGAGCUACUCAAAAGUGGGUGCAUAGUAACAAAAAAGAUGGUGGGAAUAAGAGAAAAAAGUCAUGGGAUGAACAUGUUGUUGAAGAAUACGAGAAGGAACAACCACAGAUACUGGCUAACCAACUAGAAUGGACUUUAAACAUGAGGUUAGAAAAUGGAAAGAAUAAGAAGAUCAAGAAGGAUGAAGAUGAGAAGCCAGAUGGUUUUGAGAUGUAUAUUAAAACCAAGAGCAAAGCUAUUAAAAAAUUACACCUUGCUCAAGCCAAAGAAUCAGCAUCUUCUGACAAUCAUAAUUGUCCCAAUUAA